AUGCCCGUCUACCACAUCGUCCUCUUCCGCCUCAAACAAGGCGUGACUCCCGCUCAGUUGAGCCUCUGGUCGGAGAAGGCCAAGGACAUGGUUGGCAAGAUUCCAGGACUUGUCUCGAUGCAAUGUGGCCAGCCCCUUCCGGUCUGUCUUCCCCGCGCACAAGGAUUCGAUAUGGGCCUCGUGGCGGUCUUGGAGAAGCCGGACGAUGUCGCGACCUAUGCCGUGCACCCGGCUCAUUUGGAAGUUCAUAAGAUGAGAGAGGAGCUGUGUGACGACACCUUGGCCUAUGAUUUGGCGUUUUAG